ACGACAGGCACUGCGCCUUUAAUCCGCACUCCUCUCAGCCACCGUGUUGCUCUCUCGUCUCUUCUCCAUUUCGCUGCUUUCUUUUCAUUGUCGCUAUUUUUUGUUUGGAUCAUGGCUGCUCAUUCUACCGAUGAACCUUUCCCUUUCCACGGGCUUCUCCCCAAGAAAGAAACCGGCGCUGCCUCUUACCUCAGCAGGUUCCCCGAGUAUGAUGGGCGAGGGGUGCUCAUCGCUAUACUCGACACCGGCGUGGACCCCGGGGCCCCCGGCAUGCAGGUCACAACUGAGGGGAAGCCGAAGAUCGUUGACAUCAUCGAUACAACAGGCAGUGGCGACGUGAACAUGACCACAGCAGUGGAGCCUAAAGAUGGGACAAUCACUGGCCUCUCUGGAAGAACGCUUAAGAUCCCUCCCGCCUGGGUCAACCCAUCAGGGAAGUAUCGCAUUGGAGUUAAAAAUGGAUACGAGUUCUUCCCCAAGGCUCUUAAGGAUAGAAUACAGAAAGAGAGAAAAGAGAAGACGUGGGACCCAGCACACAGAGCAGCCCUUGCUGAAGUCUGUCGCAAAACAGAGGAGUUUGAUCUCGCUCAUCCCACACCCUCACAGAUGGAAAAGUUGCAGAAGGAAGACCUGCAGUGUCAGUCAGAGCUGCUGGUAUCUCUAGAAAAGAAGUACAGUGAUCCCGGUCCGGUGUAUGACUGCGUGCUUUGGCAUGAUGGCAUCACAUGGAAGGCGGUAGUGGACACAUCAGAGUGUGGAGAACUGUCCCAGUGCAGUGUCCUGAGCUCAUACAGAGAAAAACAAGAGUAUGCCACUUUAGGAAAUGCUGAAAUGCUUAACUACUCUGUCAAUAUAUACGACGAAGGAAACACGCUCUGCAUCGUUACCAGCGGAGGGGCUCAUGGGACACAUGUGGCGAGCAUCGCUGCGGGUUACUUCCCAGAGGAACCGGAAAGAAAUGGCGUGGCUCCUGGUGCCCAAAUUCUGGCUCUGAAGAUCGGAGACACCCGACUUAGCACCAUGGAAACUGGCACUGGGCUCAUCCGAGCGAUGAUUGAAGUAAUCAACUACAAGUGUGACCUGGUUAACUAUAGCUACGGGGAAGCCACUCACUGGCCUAAUUCAGGGAGGAUUUGUGAAGUGAUCACAGAAGCUGUGCAGAAGCACAACGUGAUUUUUGUAUCAAGUGCAGGAAAUAAUGGCCCCUGCCUUUCCACUGUCGGCUGCCCAGGAGGAACCACCAGCAGCGUUAUAGGCGUUGGAGCGUAUGUGACUCCAGACAUGAUGGUGGCCGAGUAUUCCCUGAGGGAGAAGCUGCCUCCCAACCAGUACACGUGGUCAUCCAGGGGUCCCAGCACCGACGGGGCCCUCGGGGUCAGCAUCAGCGCCCCUGGUGGAGCCAUUGCAUCCGUACCCAACUGGACCCUCCGGGGCACCCAGCUGAUGAACGGCACGUCGAUGUCCUCACCUAACGCCUGCGGAGGCAUCGCACUCGUACUGUCAGGUCUGAAGCAGAGUGGGAUCCAUCCCUCUGUUCCUGCUGUGAGGAGAGCGCUGGAAAACACGGCUCAGAAGGUCGAUGACAUUGAAGUGUUUGCACAGGGUCAUGGAAUAAUCCAGGUGGACAAGGCUUUAGACUACCUCACUCAGCACGCCUCUUUGCCCACAAGCCACCUCGGCUUCUCUGUGAGCGUGGGGUCACAGAGAGGCAUCUACCUCAGGGAACCAGCCCAAGUUCUCGCACCUUCUGAUCACGGGGUCGGAAUUGAGCCCAUCUUUCCAGAGAACUCAGAAAAUUCUGAGCGGAUCUCCUUGCAGCUACACCUGGCCCUCACAUGUACCGCCCCGUGGGUCCAGUGCCCCUCCCAUCUCGAGCUGAUGAACCAGUGUCGGCACGUCAACGUCCGGAUCGACCCUAUGGCACUGAGAGAGGGAGUCCACUACACCGAGGUUUGUGGUUAUGAUACAUCAGCACCCAGCUGUGGCCCGCUGUUCAGAGUUCCUAUAACGGUUAUCAUCCCUGCCAAGGUGACCGAUGGCCGUAAUCAGGAGGUGCGAUUCUCAGACGUCCACUUCAGACCUGGACAGAUCAGACGCCACUUCCUCACUGUUCCUCAGGGAGCAUCUUGGGCAGAGAUCACUCUGACUUCUCAUUCAGGAGACGUGUCCUCAAAGUUCGUUCUUCAUGCGGUGCACCUGGUCAAGCAGAGAGCCUACAGAGCUAAUGAGUUCUACAAGUUCUCCUCACUGUUAGAAAGAGGUUCUCUAACAGAGGCUUUCCCAGUGCUGUCAGGCAGGGUGGUGGAGUUUUGCAUUGCACGCUGGUGGGCCAGCCUGGGGGACGUGACGGUGGACUACAGCAUCUCGUUCCAUGGCCUGAGCGUUUGUCCUUCUCCUCUGCAUGUUCAUGCCUCUGAGGGAGUGACGAGUUUUGACGUUUCAUCGCCUAUGGGAUAUGAGGAGGUGUCUCCCACUGUCACCCUUAAGUCAUGGGUUCAGCCUUUGCGGCCUCUAAAUUCAAAGAUAAAAGCUUUGGGAGCGCGGGAUGUUCUGCCUAAUAACAGGCAACUCUAUGAAAUUGUCCUCACCUACAGCUUUCACCAGCCUAAGAGUGGAGAGGUUACACCCAGUUGCCCGAUGCUGUGUGAGCUUUUGUACGAGUCAGAGUUUGACAGUCAACUGUGGAUGCUGUUUGACCAGAACAAGAGACUGUUGGGCUCAGGGGACGCCUACCCACACCAGUAUUCCCUAAAGCUAGAAAAAGGGGAUUACACCGUACGUCUACAGGUCCGACACGAGCAGUGCUGUGAGCUGGAACGCCUGAAGGAUUUGCCAUUUGUGGUUUCUCAUCGUCUGUCAAAUACUCUGAAUUUGGAUGUUUACGAGUCGCACCGCGCUGCCCUUAUGGCAAAGAAGAAAGCGAACUCCGUUACUUUGUGUCCAGGUGCUACGCAGCCUUUCUAUGUCACAACCCUGCCAGAUGAUAAGAUCCCUAAGGGCACGAGUCCAGGAUGUUACCUUUCAGGCUCUCUCAUUGUGCCCAAGAGCGAGUAUGGCAAGAAAGCAGGGCAGGCCUCUGCAAAACGACAAGGAAAAUUUAAAAAGGACAUCGUUCCAGUCAUCUACCACCUAAUUCCUGCUCCCAACAAGUCCAAAAAUGGUGGGAAGGAGAAGGACAAGGAUGGAGACAAAGAGAAGGAUGUGAAAGAGGAGUUUGCAGAAGCCAUGAGAGAUCUAAAGAUUCAGUGGAUGACAAAAUUGGAAUCGAGCUCCGUCUAUGAUGAAUUGAUCGAGAACUACUCAGAUUACCUUCCGCUUCAUGUGCAAAGACUGCAUCAGCUGGACUCGGAGAAGGAACGAGUGAAACGCCUCAGAGAGGUGGUGUCAGCAGCAGACAUUGUCAUGUCCCACAUCGACCAAACAGCGCUGGCUGUGUAUCUCACCAUGAAGACUGACCCUCGGCCCGAUGCCGCCUCUAUCAAAACUGACAUGGAGAAGCAGAAGUCGUCUCUCCUGGAUGCUUUGUGUAGGAAAGGCUGUGCUCUGGCCGAUCAGCUCCUCCUGCCGUCCUCGCUGCAGGGCGGCGCUGCCGCAGUCGCCACAGAACAAUCUGAGGCAAAAGAGGAAGAAGUCGGGGAGCAGGAGGCCAGCAGUUCUGACGAUACCCUGGAGAACAUUUUAAAGGCCCUGAUGGAUACGUUCUGGGAGGUGCAGAAGUGGGCGGAGCUAACUGACACCAAGGUUUUGAUGUUUUCAUACAAACACGCCCUGGCGAACAAGAUGUACGGACGAGCUCUAAAAUACGCCUCGAAGAUGGUCGAGGAGAAGCCCAGCAAAGAGAACAUGAAGAACUGCAUCCAGCUCAUGUGUCACCUCAGCUGGACGCACUCCACUGCCUUCAGUGAGAACUGGCUCCCCGUCAUGUACCCUACCGAUUAUUCACCGUUCUAGGCACAAACGCGCACAAGCAUGGGACGGCAUGGCCUUCUCCCGAUCCAUUACAGGACAAUUUUAAUAUCAUGUCCCUCAGGGUCAUAUGGUCUAUGCAUCUGACCAACCAGUGGCCUCCUGAGUUUUUUGUUUUUAAGGUACACGUGGGUGAACACCAAUAAAGGAGCUGACCCAGAGUGUAAAUAUUUUGAUGCCAAACUUUGUAAGGCGAUGGGAUGUAAAGCCAAUCGAAUCAGAAGUUUUGAAUCCCACCAACAGAAAAAAAACCAGUUAAAAAUAUGUAAAGCUAUAAUCUAUCACUAGUUUCCACUUCUGUGUCCUGCUUUUUCUUUCUGUCGGCUACAUAUUUGAAAGCUUAAAUAUCCUUCCCUCCCCAGCUUUCAGAACAUUAACAUUAAAAACCUUUUUUCAUGUGUAAAUGCUGUAAAAACUGGCAUCAUGCACUCCAGGAAUGCAUGGUAAGUCUUUCAAGAACAGGAAACAAAUUGGUCGUUAAAAUACUUCAAUAGGAGAGAGAGACUGCUGAUCCUAAACAAAAAGGGUUGGACUGCAUGUAAGCCCCCUUUUUUUCUUCAUUAUCUUAAAUAGCUCCAGUAUUGUGGUGCCUUUCUUCAUGUACCUUACCUUUUCAGAUGGAGCUAAAACUAACUGUGGCAGAGUUUCAACUGCGGAAAGCCACAGAGUUUAUUAAAUCCGUCCACCCUCGCAGUCAUUUCACUCAUCAUCUUCUUUGAGCCCAACGAUGCAGCAUGAGUCAUCCGAGCACCAUGUGCAGGCUUGACCUUUGCUAAGCGCCACAUUUAGCCUCUAUUUCUUUUUCCCACUCCUCACUAACAGAAUGAUGCAGUUUUUGGGCAGCAGUGGGACGUUCGGAGCAGGUUACACAACAAAAUGUUCUCUCAGUAUUUAACUUUCUCUGCAGCGUUUAGAAUGCUGCACAUGUACACAGUGUCAUAAAGUAAUGUAAAUACACUCAUACCAUAAAACUAUAAAGAUGCAAUAGGGAUAUAACCACAGAAUUUUAUCUUAAUCGAUGUAUUUUGCAUAUAUGCAUGUCUUCUAGGGUGUACGAAAAGUUGGUUUUGAUGAGGUAACAGAUUUUAGUUGGUUUCAAUUUGAAAGAUUUAUUUAUUUUUUUUCCCUGAAUUAUCCUUUGGAGAAAUGUCAACAGUUGGUGUGUGUGUGUGUGUGAAUGACUUGGCGUGUAUCUGUGAACACACAUUGUCCACAUUAACAUUUCUCCCUGCACAUGUGAAGCGGCGAUCUUUUUAAUGGGACGUGUUCGAAAGGACCACACCAGUAGUUUCAGCUCAUUUUUAAUAGUUAUGUCUCACAUUUACUUAACAUCUCAUCUUCUCCACAAUUUCAGAUUUUUGAUGCAAUUUGCUUUGAAAUACAAUGUUCCACUUUCCUUCAUACUUUAAAAGAGAUGAUGACUUCCGCUCCGCAGUCAUUUAAAAUUUUAUUUUAAAAACCGAUAAUUAUUAAUUGAAUUUGUUUAAGCUAAACACUGGUUUGGUCCUUCUGGAAAUGUCUCACCUGUGUCAAGUUACAGAUGAGGGCUAUAUGAUUAAAUUUAGUGUUUAUGUUCAUGAUCCUGAAACUUUUUUGCUUUAUAUUCUAAGCAAAAGUUGGAUCUCCUGUUUCUUUUUCUUGGUUUAACCAAAGACAUGUUUUUCUUAUUAAGCUGGUUUCAAUAUCUGUUAAAUACAGAAAGAGAAUAUUAAUGGGAUGGAAAGAUAAUUUCACAUUUUUCAAACUGGUGUAGAUGGAGGCUUUGGUUUUUUUUAACUCACUGUUUUUGGCAUGCUGGUGGCUGGAAAGUGGAUGCCUAAGAAUGUAAAGCGUCUGCUUUUGGGCUUCUCGUCUCCUUGGAAAGUCUGACGGUGAAUCAGAGGAGCAACAUCCUUGCGUUUCUGUUUUGGGGUGGAAACUGUAUCACUUUCCGUGUUCUCCACAGUGCCGACCUCUUAAAGUGGUUGAAAGAAUCAUUUGGGACAGAAUUGGCCUCUUUAUGCUUUCCUCUUCAGUGUGUUUCUUGUUUGAACGUACGCUGCACUCACCAGUAUGUGUUGCCAAUUACAGUCUUUCCAAAAAUGGCCUUAAUUUUUCACCACAGGACUUCACCUUCGACAUCUGACACCAAACAUAUCCGUUGCAGUUGGUCUGCUGGUGUUUGGGAGAACUUCAGGAAUGCUUGCUAUAGAUGUUGAGUGUUUAUAUUUAUAGCCAUAAAAUGUAGUAAAUGCUAUUUCUUUACAGAAUGGUAUGAAUUAAAGAUGUAUUCUCUUGCUAUUAUUUUAUAUCCUUUCUGGUUCAUGUGGGAAAGACCUGAUGCACUGUUAAAUCAUUUUGUGCUCACAAGGAAGUCACAAGCAAGAAAGUUCACUGAAUAAAAAUAUUUAAAACAGG